AUGGCAAAGACUCCAUGGCCCGAGAGCACAAAGUGUGUGGGCCAAUUCCAAUUUAAAAGCUCAUCGGAGCACCACCUCCCCUUUAACAAAGGAGAAAUGUUGACCAACAUCAACGCCAAAAGGGAUCCACAGUGGUACAUAGCUCAAAAUGACGCUGGUCGUAAAGGGGCAGUUCCCACCAACAGCAUUCCGAAAUUUGUGACACAUGAAAGCAAGCUGAAUCUUAUGCCAUGGUUUCACGGCAAAAUAACACGACUUCAGGCCGAGAGCUUGUUGUCUCCACCGGAGAAGGGCCUUUUCUUGGUGAGAGAGAGCACAAACUACCCAGGAGACUACACCCUGUGUUUGAGCACCGACAACAUGGUGGAGCACUACCACAUUAGAUACGGCAACGGCAAGCUCACUAUUGAUGAGGAAAAAUACUUUGACAACCUCAUUCAGCUGGUUGAGCACUACAAAACCAAUGCUGAUGGUCUGUGCACCAGUCUAGUCAAGCCAAAGUUGGAGCAGAAGACUGUAGCUGUCCAAGAUGAGUUUUUGAGGGGGGGCUGGGUGAAGAAUAGGGGAGACCUCCAGUUACAGAAGACCAUCGGACAGGGAGAGUUUGGAGAGGUCAUGUUGGCAUACUACCAAGGAAAUGAAGUUGCUGUGAAGUGUCUUAAAAAUAGUACUACUGCGCAGGCCUUUAUUGCAGAGGCAUCAGUCAUGAUGAAACUAAGACACGAACACUUGGUCCAGCUGCUUGGCGUGAUUGCAGAGGAGGAUGGCACUUUGUAUAUUAUCACUGAAUACAUGAGAAACGGCACCUUGGUGGACUACGUUCGUUCCAGAGGACGGACCGUACUCACGAGUGUUGCACUUACUGAUUUUUCACUACAUGUCUGUGAGGCCAUGGUGUAUUUGGAAUCAAACAACUUUGUCCACCGAGACCUCGCGGCCCGUAACAUUCUGUUAUCGGAAGACCUCGUCGCCAAAGUCAGUGACUUUGGUUUGACCAAAAAGGUGUCUUCUCUUCAGGAUACUAACAAGCUUCCCGUAAAAUGGACAUCACCAGAAGCUCUCAGAGAAAAGAAAUUCUCCACCAAAUCAGAUGUGUGGAGUUAUGGUGUUUUGCUUUGGGAGAUUUUCUCAUUUGGUCGAAUGCCUUACCCAAAGAUUCAAUUAAAGGAUGUGGGGACUCUUUUGGAGCGGGGAUACCGCAUGCCUACCCCGGACGGAUGUCCCACAGAGGUGUAUGAUGUCAUGAAAAGCUGCUGGCAGUUGGACCCGGAUUUUCGACCAACUUUUGAGUCUUUGAAACAGUCAUUACUGCAGAUCAAACACAAGCUCCGACAAAUAGGCACAACCCUCUGA